AUGUCCCCUAGCACCACUCGACUGAAAUAUUGGAAUGCGAUCAUCUUUUUCACUUUAUCUCUCAAGCCUUUGGUCAGCAUUUCAUCACCAACAUCUUCGUUGAAGGGUGACCAAGCGCUUCCUCUCACUUGGCUUGACUUGGAAAUCGAACCUCCGUUCUUCAAAGUCGAUCAACAAUCAUUUCAAGCACUUGAUUACGACUUUGUUUCAAGGGACGCGUCGGCCAUAAUCCAGAAUUUGCGAAUUGAUACAGCCGGACGUCAUCUUCGAAAACGCGAUGUUGACCCAAGCAUUGUUUACAAUAAUAGUAUCAACGCUGGUGUCCCCCAACCCUUGUCGAAGGCCACCAAAAAGCUAUUCAAGAUAUAUCCAGAUGUCCGUACUGUAUAUAUAGCCAUGGCCCUGAUUCCAGCUUUCAUAAUAUGCUACGGGACGCUUUCAACUUUUAUCCGAUCCAAACUACAUCUAGGCGAAGCUAUGCUUGCUGUUACCUUUGGGAUCUUGCUUGGGCCGUAUGUCGCUGGAAUAUUUGAUCCGCGCUCAUGGGGAGGAGAGGCGAGCUUUGACGAGGUGACCCUCGAGAUCACCAGGAUAAUCGUCGCCUUGGAUGUGUUCUCAGUUGGGGUCGAAUUGCCUGCAGCUUACAUUCUGCAUCACUGGCGCACCAUGAUCUGCUUACUUGGACCAGUCAUGCUGGCCGGUUGGUUUAUCACUGGCGCCUUUAUCUUGAUCUUCGUCCCGGCCCUCUCGUAUCUUGAAGCCUUAGCCAUUGCCGCCUGCAUCUGCCCAACUGAUGUGCUCCUUGCUUCUUCAGUCGUUGGGAAGGGGAAGUAUGCAAAAAACCACGUUCCAGCACACCUAAGACACAUGUUGCAGGCUGAAGCUGGUGCCAAUGAUGGAAUCGCUAUUUUACUGUUAUACUUGACUCUGUUCAUUCUCUUGAGGAAAGAUUACUCAGUUGCACAUGCCAUCGGGAGUUGGGUCACAAUUACUGCCUUGUAUCAUAUAAUGGUAGGAAUCGUCAUGGGCGUGGUUGCAGGAAUCCUCGUGCGCGAGGGAUUGAAAUUUUCUGAAAAGCAUGAACUUAUCGACACUGAAUCCAUGGUGCCGAUAUACAUCUCUCUGGCACUUCUGACCGCCGGUGUUUGCGUACUGGCUGGAACCGACGAUAUCGUAGCUGCAUUUGCUUGUGGGACGGCUUUUGGAUGGGAUGGCUAUUUUUCUGAAGAGGUUGAAGCUUCCAAUUUUUCCGCCAUCAUCUCCAACUUAGUCAACACUUUUGCAUUCAUCUACGUUGGGGCCACCAUCCCGUUCAGAGCAUGGAACGAUGCUGUCUUGACAUUGGUAGCCUGGAAAAUGUUUUUGCUGGUACUUUCCAUCCUCCUCCUGCGAAGGUUGCCGAUAAUGUUUCUUUUGCGAAAACUCAUACCGGAGUUGAGAACAAACAAAGAAGCCCUGUUUUGCGCACAUUUUGGUCCAAUCGGAGUCAGUGGACUCUUCAUCAGUUUUUUGGCAACAAAAAAGCUCCCAACACCUAACGUUCCAGCAGAAUCCAGUCUUGAUAUCCUUUCUUUGACAAUACAGCCAAUCUUGUAUCUGCUGAUAUUCUGCUCUACAUUCAUCCAUGGCCUUUCUAUCCCGUUCUUCACAAUAACUAAAAGCCCAGUUUCAGUCGCCAUCGAGGCAGCACAUCUGAGCGACCAAGUUUAUCUAUCCAACGAAGAAGUUUGUCCAUGCAUGAAAGCGGUGACCCUCACACCAUAUCUCCAACCCAUGUCCAUGCAUCAGCAGCUAGGGAAUAGAGCAAGCCCCACUUCUCAGCCAGAGCUCGAAAGCCAAUUCCCUGGAAAUCAGCCCAAUCAAAGUUCAAAUGAGGUGAUCAUAACACACGCCACUUUGAAUCCAAUCAUGUGCGAAGAUGAAGCAACAAACAAAGGGCAGCCUUUGAUGCCAACAAAAGUCGAAAAGACUUUCCUCAGUCCUUCGGAUUCUCAUCGGGCAAUCCAGCUGACAGGAAGCAGUCCCAGAAACAGUGUAUCUUGGUUAGAUUUUAGCUCAGAAAAAGUCGAAUUGUCUGGGUUAGAGGGCAGCACUUCAAAAAGGACAAGUGCAAUUCGGGAGGCUGAGGCUCGGGAUGGGGGAGAAGAUGACAUGUGCUUAACGGAAGGAUGCAGUAGGGAAGGUGUCGAACGAGAUUCACAACACAGUAGAGGGCCAGUAAUGAUGGGCGAGUGGGAAUCAGAUCAGUGGGAAGGGGAAGAGGUGGAGAAUAAUGGAUCACCAAGAACAACACCCCCUCAAGCUACUCAUGAGCUUCAUGCUUGCUUGCCGUGCAUCACACGUCCAAGAAGCUUUUCGGGUCGCAUAACCCGUGAUCUGAAGCACGAGAGCCGGAGGAUUUCGAGAGUAUCAAAUGGUAACACCAUACAGGAAGCUAUCGCAGAGAGGCGAAGACGAUCAGUUUCCAGCUCAGAUUUGUCAAGUUCCCCUUCACUGCAUUGUUCACCCAAGUUCGACUCAGAUGGAAGCCCUGGCAAGUCCAACAUCAGUGGCAGCAGCCCUGGAAGAUCCGACACCAAUGAGCUUAAAUCCAAGGUCCAAGGCCAGUGGCAGAGCGAGCCAGGCGGCACUGUGAACCCUUUUCAGCAUCAAUUUGUUUUCACUCCCAAUGAAAAUAGUGUGGAUACAGACGAGAUAAAAGCAUGGCCUGCUGGCGGAAGCUCUAUCUACCCUUCACCAACUCCUUGGCAAAACCUAACGAAAAACAGUGGAUCAAAUGCAGAAGUGGCUGUUCAAUCCAAUUAUUUGGAUCCUACCUAUUACAGGAUGCCUGGUCCCUCAACUGGAGAGACUGUCAACGUACCAUUGGUGCGGAGAGAAAGCUACAGUAGUUCUUUUGAAGCUGCAAUCCAUAGGGACUGUCAAAAUUAUAAAAAACGCUACUAUGCACAUUAG